UCCCGAAGACCGCAGAGUUUGCUUUACUGAAACCACAGAGAGAAUAAUGAGCCGCUGUCUUACUUUGGCUUUACUUUUUGCCUGGAUGUUUGUAGCUGGUUGUUGGCMAACAAAAAAUCCGAAAAAUGAGACAAGAAACGAUGACUUGAAUACAAUAGCACCAAAGAUGACCGAAGAAGAAGUGCCUCCCACAUCAGCCAUCUUUACAGUACAAAGGUCAACAGUACCAAGCAGAAAAAGCACUACAACAGCAAGGGCUGGUCCAACACAAACAGAUCAAGAACCCACAAGAGAAUCGCCAUUGUCUUUCUUCACAUCUGAUGUUAAGAAGCUAAACAUCGUGGUUAUGGUCCUGGCUUCAAUUGUGAUGCUUUUGGCGAUUAUCUUACUCAUCUUGUGCGUCCUCCGCCGGAACAUGCAAAGAAAGAUGCAGAGAAUGAAAGAGGAAAAAGAAGAGGAGACAACAACAACAACUACAGAGGGAGCCACACCACAGUGCAAAGAAACCCCCUCAACUGAAUCUCGUUUCUACAAUUAUGCCACGCCCCAACAGCCUGCUGUCGAAUAUGAAGUACCAUAUGCCCAUCAACAGGCAAUGGCUGUUCAAAUAAUGGCUCCAGCCUAUCCAAACCCUGCAAACAAUAACGUGACCAAUCAGAUAGCACCCAAUGGGCUUCCUGUUACACCAAUGAUGGACGAUGACGACUACGUUAAUUCACGAGUGUUUGAAGCAAUCGUAGAAGACAUUAAUAGUGCAGACCAAACCAUUAACAACCAAGAAUAUAAGAUUCCGARAAAUGCUACCAAGAGAGCUGGGUUGAUGAGCAAUGAGGCUUUGACKAACACCAGUACUUUGAAAGAUAGUAGGGGUUACGUUGUGAUGUUGAAUUACGCUAGGCCCGUGGAACAUCAACCAAAGAAUAGCCACAACGUUCGUGUAGAGGGACAUAAACAACAUGUUUACGACGAGCCAGUCAAGACAGAACGAUCUACAAACACAUUUUCGCGCAAUACCAUAAAAACAAAAAUUAAAAUCUUCCAAGAGAAGCUGAAAAGCGACAAGUCAAAGCAUGCUGUCCCUGCAGAGAAUGCAGAGAAGGGCACUCAGACUCAGAAAGACUUUAUAAGGGAAUCGAUGGUAAAGAAUACCGCUUAUGAUACUCCUAGAAAAGUGUAAUCUGUAAUAUUGAGUUGGUGUGGCCUAUCUUUGGCCAGAACUCUAUGCACCGUCCCGGGGUCUUCGUGUUUCUCUCCAUCUCAAGUAGUUUAUGGACAAGUCAUUGGUUCUACUCAGUAUGGGACAUAAUACAGAAUAGAA